UUUUUUAUAUUUUUCAGUCCAUGAUGCUCUUGAGGGUGCAACGGCCAUAGGACUGUAAACCAUGUUUCUUCCAAGGGUGGUUUCACGACUGAACCUGCUUUCCAAAGUGUCUGGUUCAUUGCAGAACCAGAGCCAGGCAUUAUGCAGUGCUGUGCAACACUGUCAUUCUACCCGUUUCAGAGCUCUUCAGUAUUCAAACAGAUGCUUCACUUCAGCUGCUGACAACAAACUUCCACCCAAACUAUGGACACCUCUUGAGCCAGAGUUAGAGGAGGUUCUUGUGCCACGUAAGCUAUCAGUUUCACCUUUGGAAAGCUGGCUUUCUCUGCGCUACUCUCUACCCCCAUUGCUGGAGGCUUCACCUCCUCUGGAGGAAGGUGAGAUUGUGGAAAAAUCCAUGGUGCUGCCUCCAUUUGCGCUGCCAUUACUGGAGGAUGGGGAAAGCUCAACACCACUGAACUGCAAGAAUGUGCUGCAGAUCCGACGAAGGAAGAUGAACAGGCACAAAUACAAGAAGCUGCUAAAACGGACCAAGUUCCUGAGGAGGAGAGUGAAAGAUGUCAGGCGGAAGAAAAAGCAGGUCAGUUAUGUUAGUCAUCUAGACAACAAGAGUAAAUAA